UAAAUACGCGCCGAGACAAAAGUACAUACGAGCCACAGAGGCUACAGUGCGACGUAUUUUGAAUGCCCAGAAGCAAAAGUUUUGAAUUAUUUAGCACAAGCACGCGAAGACACGUUGAUUAGCUGACGAGCUAUUUUUAUCAAGUUAUCAAAAAAUUAUUUGAAGAAAAUUACAAAAGAGUGCAAAAAUCUAUUUUAAUGAUGUGAAACAUGGAGAAAUCGGAAACACGCUCUAAAUAACCAAGUGCUCUUACUUAGUGCAUUAAGGAAUAAAGUUAAAUGGAACAAUGUAAAUAGUAAAUUACAGCAGAAUGCCACCGCCAAAGAAACCACCGAUUCAUGUGCCAAAGAAGGCUAAUCCCAGCCUUGGCUACGAAGUGCUCAUCUAUUUGAAUUCCUUUUACUUUGGAAUGUUCGCCUGCUGUGAAUUGAGUAUGGGUCUGCUGAAGGCCAUCAAUCUGUCAUAUCCGAAUAAUGUUUUGGCACGCGAUUCGGGUGUUGUGAUUGGCUUAUGCAUUUUAGAGACUAUACGCAUCAUACUUGGACGCCGAGGUUCAUUGGCCGAAAAAAGUUGGCAAGUUAUUUUAUCCGUUUUUCUAACUGUGCCUUGCUUUUUCGGUGUCGCUUACAUACUGCUACUACAAGAAUAUAAACUUCGUCUGGAAUAUGUACUUUGCACAUUAGAGAUCGGCUUAUAUCUGACUGAAGUUUGGUAUGCAAUUCUGUUUGUUUUCUCACUAUGUCGUCCAGUAACUUUUGAAUAGUAAAAUAGUGAAACUAAAACUUUAUAAUUAUGUAAAGUGGAAUUUACAUGAACAAUAUAAGCAAAAACAACAACCAUUUAAGAUAUUUAAACCAAUGCAUGUGAAUGUGAACCACUGUAACUAGUGGCAACAAAUUAUGUGGUUAAAAAGAAAAUAUUUCGCUUUACAUAAGCGAACAAAUCAUAGCAAUAUAUAAAGAAAACAAUGUAAUAAAUAAAUUUGACUAUUAUAUUAACUAUUUGAAGUAAGAAUAUUAGAAAAUAAAAAGUGUGUAUUAUUGAAAAUCGCACAUUAGUAAAUAUUAUAUACGAGUAUGUAAAUAAUUAUAGCGAAUUGGGAAUUCUUUGACAAAAUUAAAAAAAAAAACUUGUACUAAGGGAUGCAAGGACAUUGAUGAUAUGUUUACUAUUUCUCAUGUAAAUUAAGUAUCAAUUGAAUCCAAUAUAAACGAAAGCAAAUCAUUUUUGAAUAUAUUUUAUUCAUAUAUAUGAAAAUAUGUAUGUGGUAGUGGUUGAAAUUCCACACGAAAAUAAUUUUAGAAUAAAUAUAUAUAUUUUUUUUAAACUUAACGAUAACGGAUAAAUUCUGAAAGUCUUAUAAUGCCUGAAAAGCCUUUUAUUUUGCACAACUCAAAGGGUUCAAAAUUCGAAAUGAUUUAUACACAUAUUUUAUAUUAUUAUUAGCAUAUAAAUAAACAGCCAAAACAAAUUAAUAACAGCAAUCAAACAAUAUCCAUACCAAUUUUUUUUUUGUACAUUCAUAUGUACAUACAAGCGUACAUCCAUACAUGUAUUGUAUAUUACUAUUCGUAUACGCUGUGAAACUAGCAACACAUUUGAACAACAACAACAACACCACAAAAUUUAAGUAGAGAUUUAAGCUCAUUCUCAAGCAUAUACAUAUAAUAGAGCGUAUGUAUAUCUAUAUAUAUAAAUAUAUAUAAAUUUAUCAUACAUACAUAUGUAUGAAAUUACAUUUACUUACUUAUCCAUUAUUUUACAUAAGUAUAAAACUAUACACUUAAAAUGUAUAGCAAAACAAACAUACAUACAAGUGAAUAUUUUAUACGAAAUAUGUGUGUGCAGCCUACAUAGAAUUUAAAUAUUAAAUAAAAGAAAAACAAUUUAAACAAUAAUCGGUGAAAUGUUGAUACAAAUUUCAUAUUUAUGUAAGCACAUAAGUACAUACCUGCAUAUCGCUAUCUCAAUAUAGAAAGACACUGGCCUAACAUUUUUCAGAACAUUUCUUUGUGUUCAGACUCAAGAAAUCUUUAAUAUUAUAUUAUUUUCAAACUUUCUGCAAAUGAAAACUAAUUCAAAAAAUACUUCGCGCAGCUCAAAUG